AUGGCAUCGCCAUAUACGCAAGCGAGUCCAUUCUCGCCGUCGGAUAUACCAAGCACGUCCGGAGUGCCAUCCAGAUCAGUCUCCGAUUUACCGCAAUCUCAAGUGGAUGCAAUCAUUCGAACAAAGCGAAAGGCGCGCGAACCCAAAGCUUGCUAUCCAUGCCAUGCCCGGAAGGUCAAAUGCGAUCGGAAUCUCCCUUGUGACGGCUGUGUGAAGCGAGACCAUGCUGAUCUCUGCUCCUAUGAACGUCCUUCGAAAAAGCGCACCCAAGCAUUCCAAGAAAGCCCCGUCGGUGGAGCUUCAGCAGGGUCUUCUGUUGAGCAAGGAGCCUACCAUGCCUACGAAGAUGGCGAAGCACCCAUCAAACCGGAUGUCGGCCCGAAUUUUUAUAGUCGAAACAAUGGUACACGACCAGAAGGCAGGAUUUCCAUUGCAAGGGAGGAAUGGGACAAUGUCCGGAAUCGGCUACGGGAAAUGGAAUCCACCAUUUCCUCUCUUCGCGUUGGCCUUGAGCGCGCCGAAGAGGCCCCUCAUGUUGGGACAGACGGCGGCGCGGGAAGUAUUCCAAAUGGUGAUACAGACUCUGGCGGCAAAGCUGCAUCGCCCGAGCGAGAGGGCAUCCAUACAAGUAACACCCUGGGCAAGGGUACCGUUCAUCUCGGAUCGCGCUCUGUUCUUGCCUAUAUCCUGAACAACAAGUCUGGAUCGGAUCAAUUACAAACACUUCUGGAGGACGGUAUCUUGCCCAAAUUAGGUCUCGAUAACGAAUCGGCGACCUACCCUUUUGUAGACCUCUGGUCAACCGACAUGUCAUCGUUUGACAUAAGUGCGGUAUGCAGUGCGCUACCGAGCGAUCAACAAUGCCGAGAAUUCUUCUACUAUUACAAGGACAUCGCCGGUGCGAUCUAUCCUGUUCUCGAUGAUUGUGAGCAAUUCCAAGAAACACUCGAGCUCCUUCUUCAGAACAGAACAGCCUCGGGUGGCGUUUACCGCGAGAAUGUCGAUGAGGCACAGAAACCCUUUGGUGUCAAUAUAGCAUUUCUUGGUUUGUUGUUCGCCGUUCUCGCUUCCGGCUGUCAAUCAUCUGAUCUGGGAAGCAAAGACCGAGAAUUGACGUCCCAAGUCUACGUGUGCUGCUCAUAUCAAUGUCUGCGAAUGACGAACUUCCUGUCUCAGCCUACCAUUGAGGCAAUUCAGACGCUUCUCGUCAUUGGAAAUGUACUAUCUUACAACAUGAAUCCUGGCAUAUCGUAUGUCUUACUAGGCAUGACCCUCCGGAUGGGUUUGGCUCUAGGCUUACAUGUCGAGUCGAGUCGAUUCUCACGGCUCGAGCGAUAUCGCCGUCGGCAUGUCUGGUGGUCUAUGGCAUGGCAGGACAGUCAUUUCUCGUUGUCCUAUGAUCGUCCCUCUACGACCGCGGUCAGCCAGCCCGAGAUUGCUUAUCGGGAGGGUUCAACAGCUGGUGAUCUUUCAUACUUUGAGACAUUGUGCCGGGUGAUUUCACUGGCGCUAGAGGUUGUCCGCAUACGUAUGCUUAGUCCUCACACUCAGAUCACGUAUGAGAGCAUCCAGGCAUACAAGGAAAGAAUUCAAAGAAUCAUGGUUGAGGCAAAGCCACACCUUCGAGAUGCACAGUACUGCUCAAAUUCAACAGAGCAUCUGGAGCGCGUUGUGCUGAAAUUGCACUCCUCCUACUUCUCGUCCGAGCUCUGUCGACCAUCGCUGAAGCCGACUGCAGAUGCAAACAGUGCUGCCACGGCAAGCAUGCGUCGCGAUUGUGUCUCCAAUCUCAUGACCACCGUUGAGGCGUAUGUCGAGAUGUAUCAUAUCAGCUCGCAUGCAGCAAGGUCGUGGAUUGCCUUGCAACGAGCCAUCAGCUCCGCUUUUCUGCUCGCCGUGGUUGAGGAAGCUAAAUUGGAACCACGAGUCUGGAAUCUUCUUCGCCAGCUUGAAUCAAUCAUCGCGCAACGAGCAAGCCAUGAGCGCGCUUAUGACACAUCUGACGUGACUAGUUCCAGUAGUGGGAUGCCUUCGAGAUCUCCCGGGGUGUUAACGUACGAUCCCAUCACCGGCGCAACCAACGCAACUGGAUCUGCGCUUCCCACCGUAGACUCUACGUCUCCCGCUACGGUCAAUCCAGACAAUCAGACCCAAUGGGCGAAAUCGUUGGCCAAAACUCACCGAGCCUUGCAGAAGUUACUCACGGCUUUUGGAACCCAACACGCCCGCAGUGCGACCGGUACGAGCACCGCAUUCUCUCAGACCACACAUCAUCCCGCGCAGUCCACAACAACGGGCACCUUUGCCCCGGCAGUCUCUGCAAGUAUGACCCCUAGCUUGGGAUCACUACCUCCGCCUACCCCAGAAAGCUCCGGUAGCGGUGAGUGGACAAUGCCCAACAUUUUAGAUCGCGCCUCGGAAUACAUUCAUCCGCCACUUUGGGGAUGA